AUGGCUGACAGGCAUGGCAAACUGGGCAGGAAGAUGAAGGGCGGCAGGAGUCCUGAACAAGACUCCAAGAACCAGGCUACUGCCCACGAGAACGAGAUGGCCGAGCAAGCCCCCAUCAAGGUCAAGAGCGUCUGCUUCGUCGGCGCUGGCUUCGUCGGUGGUCCCACUGCCGCUCUCGUUGCCUAUCACAACCCCGACAUCAUCGUCAAUGUCGUCGACCUCAACGCUGACCGUGUUGCCGCCUGGAACUCCCCCCACCUUCCCAUCCACGAGGCUGGCCUCCCUAAGAUUGUGAGGAUCGCCCGUGAUGGCACUCAGAAGACCUCGGCUAUCCUGCCAGGGCUCGACAAGACUGUCGAGCUGCCUGCUCGUCAGCCCAACCUCUUCUUCUCCACCGACGUCCAGCACGGCAUCUCCACCGCUGAGAUUGUCCUGAUCUGCGUCAACACCCCGACCAAGACCUACGGUAUUGGUGCUGGCUACACUGCCGAUCUCAGCGCUGUUGAGGGUGCCUCCGAAACUGUCGCAAAGUACGCCAAGGACGGUGCCGUCAUUGUUGAGAAGAGCACGGUUCCUACGGGCACUGCCCGCAUGAUCCACCAGAUUAUGCACCAGCACAGGCCAGAAUGCCAGUACGAGAUCGUUUCUAACCCUGAGUUCCUCGCCGAGGGUACCGCUGUGCGUGACCUAAUGCAUCCCGACCGUAUCCUGAUCGGUAGCAACACGACGCCCGCCGGUCUGCGCGCCGCUGCAGCCUUGAAGAGCAUCUACACCGCUUGGGUCCCCGAGGCCAAGGUUCUCCUUGUGAACACGUGGUCUAGUGAGCUGACCAAGCUCGUGGCCAAUGCCAUGCUGGCUCAGCGCAUUUCCUCCAUCAACUCCAUCUCCGCGCUUUGCGAGGAGCUUGGUGCUGACGUGUCUGAGAUCAGCAAGGGCAUUGGUGCUGACACUCGUCUCGGCAAGAAGUUCCUUCACGCCGGUGUUGGCUUUGGUGGCUCCUGCUUCGAGAAGGAUAUUCUCAACCUAAGCUACAUGGCCCGCACACUUCACCUUGACACCGUUGCCGACUACUGGAUGGGUGUCCUCGACAUCAACAAGUACCAGCGCGAUCGCUUCACCCAGAAGGUCCACCGUGCUCUCAACGGCAACCUGAAGGGAAAGAAGGUCGCCAUUCUCGGCUUCGCCUUCAAGGAAGGCACCAAUGAUACCCGUAACUCCAUUGCUGUCCACAUCAUCCGCGAGAUCUCCAAUGAGAGGCCGAAGGAGAUUGCCAUCUUCGACCCCGGCUGCUCGGCUGCCGAGAUUAUGGAAGAAGUCCGCGAGCACAUCAAGGACGAGCGCACGCUUUCCCAGAUCAAGGUCCGCAACAACUGGCGCGACACCACGGAGGGCUCCUCCGCCAUCUGCAUUCUGACCCCUUGGUACCACUUCCGCUAUCCCGCUCAGGCCCAGGCCACCGCCCGUCGCACGAGCCUCUGGAACGGAAGCAAGGAGCAGCAGAUGGCCAUCGCCAACGCCGGUUUCCUCGGCCCUAAGCCUACGGAGAUGGACAUUAUCGAUCUCGAGAAGUUUGUCACCCGCGGGAACAACGGCACCGCAGUUGACCCGCUCAAGCGUCUCGUCCCUGAGGACUGCGCUGCCGACUGCAAAGGUUGCGGUCAGACUGCUGCUGCUGAGGAUGAGGGUGAUGCUGUCGACUGGGAAGAGGUGUCCCGCCACAUGAAGCUUCCCAAGCUCGUCCUUGACGGCCGUAACAUUGUCUCUGCGCCAGAGCUCGAGAAGCUUGGCUUCAGGGUCCAGGGCAUCGGCAAGGGUGUUGGUAUGUAA